AUGGAUGAUGACAUGAAGGAUGAGCGGCGCUUAUAUGCCAAUGAAAAGGUUCUGAUGUAUAGCAACAACGUGUUGGUUGGCAACUGGUAUAACAAUCGCUUCCAAGGCCCAGUUCAUAAUGGUACCACAAUAUUGCCAGGACUGACGACCGAAACAGGGUGCGAGCAGCACAAGACUUGCAGCCAAGCAUCGUACACCCCUUUCAACUACAACCAAUCUGUGCACGAUCACUUGGUCCUCAGGAACCGGAUGUACGGUAACAAGGUCUCGCAGAGCGCUGGUCUAAACCUAUCCGAGGAGGAUCAGUACAAAAACAACUACACCACCAUGAAUACCCUCAUGUUCCACCUCUUCCCGAAGAUGCGGCUGGAGGAGUGCUUGAAAAUGGAGGAAGCUGGUCAGUCACACUUUACGCCAAAGAGGCCUGAUAGUCUUGACAGCUAUGGCAACUGCAGCCUAGUCCACAAUAAGUUGCGCUGUAAGUUGGCAAACGAGCGUGCACCUAAAGGCCUAACUAGCUACAGAGGCGAAUUCGAUGCUAAAACUAGGGCCAAGACCGAAAACGUUAAGAUCGGUGAAUGGACAGUUGCGGACGAAGCUACUAGAAAGAGGGAGAUGGAUAGGUUUAUUUUUCUCAAUUGCAAUAUUCAUGACGACUUAAAAGACUAA